AUGGAAUAGCAAAUACUUCUUUAAACAAAGAUAGCUUUCUUCUUAGGCAAUUUCAAUAAAGUCUUAGAAAUAUGGUAGUAGAAUGAUUAUGAAGAUGAUUACUAUUACUUUUUGGUAUCGAGAGCAUUAAUUGCAGCUCGAGAAUUGAAACCAAAAACAAUAAGAUUAACAAAGAAACCAUCUUCAAAAUUAUUAGAGAUAACAGAUAUUGUCAGCAGAUUUAUGGGUCCAUUAAUAGAACAAUAAAGAGCAGAUACUACAAUUGAUGAAGAUAGAAAACAAAUAGAAGAUGUAUUAAAAAAACUUAAAGACAUAAUUCCUCAAUAAAACUAAAAAAUAAUUUAAAUCAUAUGUGCAUAUAUGUCUGUAAAUUCUUGUGAAGCAUAAUAUGCACUUCAAUUGGAAUUACCUAAAGACGCAUUUUAGUAAGAAUUGUUAUACCUCUAAUUCAUGAUUUAUUUAAGAGGUAGAAGAUUUGAUUUAGCAGAAUCUACUUUAUUAGAUCUAAGAAGAUUUGAUGAUGAGGAUAUUCUCACAUAUUUAGCAUAAAUAUAUCUAAAUGUAUAUUUUUGAUCAUUAAUCUAUAGCUUUAUAAUGGAUAACCAGAAUAAGCAUUUAAAUCUAUCCAAGAAACUAAAGAUCGAUUUGGUGAUUCCUCUAAAUUGAUGAAUUUGAUGAUUACCUGUUUAAUCCAGUAUCAUAUUCUAAACUUAACAUUUUAGUCAAAAUAAAUUUGAAGAGGCUUUUGAAUCUGGUUAGAAAGUCAAAACCUUAAUCAUUGAUAAUGAGUAAUUUUCAGAUCGCUAAGAAAUUGAAGUUUGUUUAUCAAAUCUAAUUGUAUUAAGUGAAUUGUUGAAUAAAUAAUAAUAAAAAGAAGAAUACAUUUAAGUUUUGGAAUAAAUUAACAAAUCCUGUCAUUUUCUUAAGCGAUAUCAAGAAAAAGUAAAGAAAAUUGACCAAUUAUCAUGAAAUUUAAUUAUCU